AUGAGUUUUUGCCCAGAACAUUAAUAGAAAGUAGUUUUUUAUGGUUCAGCAUUUAGUGAAUUAAAAAAUAGAAAGCUGUGUUAGAAAUGUAUUGUAAACAUGAAUAAGAAUUUAAUGCUCAUAGAAGACUUAGAAAAGCAAUUUUCUUUAGUCAAAUUGUAAUUCAUGAGGGAAAUUUAAACGAAGAGAAAUAAGAACUUAGAAGUCUUACACUCUAUCAAGAUCUACCUUCAAAAAUAAAGAAAUUAAAUUUCAGAUGUAAUGAACAUUGCAAUAACAUAUAUCGAUACUUAAGUUGAAUUAAUAAAGAAAGUUAAAGAGGAAUCUCAAGAAACCUUAUAAAUUAGUAAUAAUGAGGAUUUUUAAACCUUUUCCAAAUUGAUAUGUUAAGAAACCUCCAUAUAUAAAAAUAUAUAGGUUUCAUUGCUAUAAUAUAUCAAAAAAGUUAAUUAUACAUAAUUGUAAAAUGAAUCUGAAAAAAUACUCAAUUAGAUAAACAUUGAUGAAUAAAAAUUUUAGGAAAAUGCGUUUAAAGAUUUAUAUAUGAAGUAUAAUUUUAAUAAUGAGUCUGAUAUUAAUAAUUAAUGGAUAUGCGAGGAACAUAAAGAUAAGAUUUACUAUGUAGAUUUAAAUUAAUCUAAUGUAGUUCCAUCUAGAGUAGCAUGUAUGAAAUGUGUGCCAUAAUAUUUUACAUAAUAUACUACACUUGAUACUUUGAAAAAGCUUUGGGAAAAUCGAUCUCUGGAAAUUUAAAGUUCAAUAAACAAAAAUGAUAAAUUCAUUAAUAAAUAGAUUGGAAAAGCAAUAGAAAGCUUGUUAUAAGUUAAAGAUUAAAUUUGUUAAUUAAUUGAUGGUUGUAUUGAAAAGAUUAAUUUAAUAAAAUAAAAUUAGAAUUGGAUUUUUAAAGAAAAUAGAUUUCUUCUAAAAAAGGAUUGGUAAUAUUUAGACAAGAAAGAUAUUAUAUCAAUUGCAAACAUUUUAAGCAAUUAAAAACCUGAAAAAACCUUAAUUAAAGAAAUAGAGAGUUAAUGCAUGUAGUAACUCCUAUUUAUCUAAGUUGAUGUUGAAAGUUCAUAUGAAAAAAUUUAAUCAAUAAUUAGAGAUUAAAAAUCUAUAUUUAGAGAAUAUUUUCACACUGAUGUAAAUUAGUAAAUUUUGUAACCGUCUGAAUAAUUGAUUAAAUCAGUAUAAAUUGAAGAUUCGAAAGAAAAGGAACAAAUAACAAUAGGUUAUUAAAAUUUGCUUAAUUUUGAAUUACUUUAAGAUAAUUCUUAUAAAGAAGAAUAAAUUUAUGCAAUAGCUUUUAAUGAAGAGGUCACUACGAUGAUAGUAGGAAAGAGUAAGCUAAUAACAGUAUUUAAGUUUGAUGGGAAACUGACAUCUAUUUAAGGUUUAAAUUAACAUAAAGAUAAAGUGACAUGUCUUCAUUUCAUGAAAAAAUCAUCAACAUUUGUUUCUGGAGCUGGAGAUAAUUUAAUACUUAUUUGGGAAUUAAAUAAUGAGUAAAUAUGGAAAUUACAAUAAUAACUUGAUGGCCAUUCAGGAGCUAUUUGCUGUUUGGUCUUAUCAAAAAAUGAAAAUUUAAUGAUCACAGGAGCAACAGAUAAGAAAAUAAUGAUUUGGAAAAAAUUGAAUUAAUGGAUUCAUUUUUAAACUUUAUUCCAUCAUGAAAAUGAAAUUAAUUCUUUAUCAUUAAAUUAAGCUGAAAAUUAGUUGAUUUCUUGUGCUAGACAAGAGAACAAGAUUAUUAUCAGUACUAAACAUAGUAAAGAUCUAUUGUGGUUAGAAGCAAGAUAUAUUCAAACAACUUAAUGGGGAUUAAGUUUAAGCUUCAUAAAUGAUUCACUCUUUACAUUUUAGCCUUAUAAUUAGAAAGUCCUAGAGCUGUAUUAAAGAAAAGAAGGAAGCGAAGAGUUUCUUAAAUCAGGCCAGAUUGAGCUAAAGAAAAAUAGCGAAAGCAUGAAAGUUUCUUCAUAGAUAUAUAUCAAAUCUAAAUCUGUUUUUUUCCAUUAAAAUGGAUCUUAAAUUUUCAUUUUUAGAAUAACAGAUGAUUUUGAAUUCAUAAUCAAAAGCUUUGAAUUUCAAUCAGAUAGGAUAGUAGGAUGCAUUACUCCAGACUGCAAAUAUUUAGUGACUUGGGAUGAUCAAUCAGAAUAAUUACAAAUCAGAAAAUUGCUUAAAUAAAUAUGA